AUGAAGAUCCAAGAUCGCACUUUCAUCAUCUCGGGCGGCGCGUCGGGCCUAGGCAAAAGCACCGCCCUUGAAAUCAUCAAAUCCGGCGGCUUCGUCGCGAUCCUCGACUUAUCCGAUGAAGAAGCCGGGCGAGCUCUGGAAAAGGAGCUUGGGCCCUCAGCCAAGUUCUUCCAUUGCAAUGUGAUAAAAACCGAGAGCAUUGCAAAGGCUGUUCAAGGCACGGUGGAUUGGAUCAAGGAGACUGGAAAGCCGCUCGGCGGUGUGAUUCCAGCAGCCGGCAUUGGCCUCCCAGCAGCCACCCUUGAUCGGAACGGCGAUGCCUUCGACUUGGAUCAAGUUGACCUCGUCCUAGGCGUCAAUCUCAGGGGUACCAUCGAUCUCAUCCGCCAAUCUGUGGUGCAUCUCGCCAAGGUUGAUCCCGAAGGCCCGGAUGGUGAGCGCGGCGUCGUCAUCAUGGUCAGCAGCUCAAGCGCCUUCGAUGGCCAAUACGGCCAAGUCAGCUAUGCAGCUAGCAAGGGAGCCGUCGCGUCAAUGGCACUGCCCAUGUCUCGAGAUUUGGCUCGCUACGGCAUUCGCGUCGUCGCAAUCGCUCCCAGCUUGUUUACAACUGCCUUGACGGCUAUGAUGAACGACAGGGUGCGGAAAAGUCUCGAAGCUUCGUUCAUCUUUCCUAACAGAGCGGGCAACCCGCCUGAGUUCUCCUCUUUGGUCAAGCACAUUAUUGAGAAUCCCAUGUUUAACGGGGCCGUCAUCCGAUUAGAUGGGGCAUCAAGGUUGAGCAAGUUGUAA